UAGCAAUACGCCGCUUUUCAGAUAUUACUAGAAAAGUCUAUUGUCUAUAAGGACGCGCAGAAAUUGGAACUAUCGAUCAAUCACCUAAGCUUAUAAUAAAAGCUAAAAACCAAAUAUAACGUUAUUGUCGAUAUAAUUAGUGCGGCGGCAUUUUAGAGGUGAUAUACACCCUAAGGUGUAUCAGACAAUGGACUGUUUAACAAUAGAAUUUGUGAGUAACUCGACACAAUUUGACUGCUUUAUUCUUUAUAGCUUUAAUGCAACUAGGAAACUGUCCCGACAAAGUUUUAUUAUUGCAGCGUCCUGUUUAGUGUCGCUUGAAUAGAGUGAGAGCCGAAGUUUCUCGUUGUUUUUGGUGGAUUUCAUUGGAUUUCAAGUCAGUUUAUUACGGACACAAGGGGAAUAUGAUAAGAACAAACGAUUUGAAGAGAAUGCAGCCAUAAUAUAGCAAGUGGAUACAAUAUGGAGUUAAUUCUACUUACUGGUGUAGUGCUAGUAUCAAUUCACAUCUGUCAAGGCUACGACUUAAGCCACAACAAAGUUAAAGCAGAAAUUAGAAAACAUGUGCUGAAAGAUUACGACCGCAUUGUAGGACCAGUGAAAUAUGGCGAUACACAAUACCUAGAAGUCAAAUUUAGACUUUCAAUCACUAAUUUAGUGGAAGUGAAUACAAAAGAGCAAAACUUGAAAAUCGACGCGUGGGUGUGGCAGAAAUGGUAUGAUGAAUUUCUUGCCUGGAAUUCAACCAACUUCAAGAAGAUAGGUUAUACAGUAUUUUCACCAAAAGAAGUCUGGGUACCAGAUAUUGCAUUGAUCAACAAUGCAGACAGAACCGAGAGGCUUGCUGGAGGACCAACAAAGUUUGUCACUAAUAUCAACGCUUGGCGCAAAGGCUCCAUGACUUGGCUCUCGCCGGCUACCUUCAGCAGUACAUGUGUUCAGAACGUCAAGACUUGGCCUAUGGACGURCAAAACUGCAUAUUAACAUUUGGUUCAUGUACUUACCCUAAAAAGAACUUAGUUAUUGUUCCAAUCACAGAAACUUAUACUAAAG